CUUGUCCGCUAUAAAAUGUUUUUGCUUCAAUAAGUCCGUGGAAAUCAGAUACUUCAUGUUAUGGUCAGCCCCUCCCCGGCGAAAGGUAAAGCUUGCACGACCCCCGGAAAUGUUUACUAUUGCAGCCAGUCCGGGUAUCGUUCAAAACCAUGGCGGUUAAGAGUAAUCUUGGCCGUUUUACUCGCUCCCGUAGGAUAGCAACAUCCGAUGGCUUGUCCGAUGAACUAGCAAAUGAACCAGUAACUCGUACAUUUCGUUCGAAAAACUGUGCUCUGUCAGUUUCAGAGAAAACGGACAACUGUAAGGUUGUAAUAACAAAACUGAAGUCAGAGUAUGUAAACACAGUCAGGCCAGCGAGGACACGAUCGAGUGGACGAAAACGGAGAAGGGUGGAAAGUGAAGACGAGGCUGUAAUACAGGAGGAAGAAGACGAAGAAGAAGAAGAAGAAGAAGAAAAUUUUAGAGCAAAGCCAACAAGAGGUACCAAGAAAAAGAUAGAGGCUAAAGGGGAAGCUUCAAGUAGAAGCAGACAAGAAGUUCAGUCUACUUCAAGAAGAAGUAGAAGAGUCAAGAUGAAUUUAAGGUAUGCUGAAGAAUCACAGGACUUCUCCUCUCAUUCCGAAGAAGAGAAUGGUAACGAAAGUUCAUCUGAUUCUGAAUCAGGCCUGGCAUCUGGAUGCACAUCAUCAUCAUCAUCAUCAUCAUCAUCAUCAAAAUUUUCCACUGACAGGGAGAGUGAUUCACCUGUACCAACAAGCGAACUAUCCGAUAGCUCACACGAAAUCUACAACAGUUCAGAUGAGUCAUCAUCAAGUAAUAGUGUUAUCUUAACAUGGCGCAAAAGGAAAAGUCCAAGGAGAGCAGCUCAGGAAAGGUCAAGAAAAAAGAUUGCUCAACUCUGUAAUAGAUCAUCUGAUUCGGAGGAAAUGUCGUCAUCAUCAUCAUCAUCAUCAUCGUCAUCAUCAUCGUCGUCAUCAUCAAGUGAAGCGUCACAAUCAGAGUAAUGGCUGCAGAAAGAAAUUAGACAGUGAAAUUACUGUAUUUGGAGAAGUUUCUUUAAUCUAAGUAUUUAAUUAGUAUCUUUCCCUAUCAGUUUUGUCAUCAAAGAGUUGGUGUUAGCCAUCAGUGUGAGGGUCAGAGAUCCAUUUUUAAAGCUGUACUUUCAGUGGAAGCACAGCAUUCCUGAAGGCUCUUGCCUCAGAAAUCCCUGGUGCCCAGCUAGGUGGUUUCAUUUAAGACAAAGUUUAAGCAAGGUUUUUCAUGAACUUUUGAAUUAGAAGGGCACUGCCUUGUGAGUAGGCAGGUAUCCUAAUAAAAUUGAGGGCCAAAGGCCUGAAACUCGAGGGGGGUCCGCGAGCAUGCUCCCCUGGGAAAUUUUUAAAACUUAAGUCUCCUAUGCCAGGAGCAUAUUUUCUUACAAUCUGGAAAAUCUGCAAUGGCACAUCUUAAUCUAGUUUUAGUUAAAAAAUAAUUUGAUUAUUUUAGUACACAGCUAUAGCUGUAUCAAAAAAAUUGUUGUUUUUUAGAGCCUACUUCCUUCUUAUAGUUACAAUUUGGCUCAAACCAGUUAGGAACUUAUCAAGAGAGAAACUGACAAUAUUUUUUAAGUUUAUGAAAAUUAAAAGUCAGAGCCGUAAUCAGAAUCUUCAACACCCAAAUCUGUUAGCUCCAAGGCUUUGGAGGCUUCCUCCUCUUCUUCCUCAGUAGAAAAUUACUUUCAGUCCGGGUUACCAGGAGUUUCGAAAUAUUUAAGGUUCAAGACAGCAGGAUUCCAACUAAUAAAAUUAUCAGCGCUUAUAUACAGACCGAAGCAGAUUUUCACGUUUCAGAUUUUUGAUAUGUCAACGCUUUUGAAUGCUUUCUCGGAACAAAGUCUCUUUCAAGUUUUUCACACCUUUUGGGAAUAUUUGAGUUUUGAAACCAAGAAAGUGUUGGCUUUAUACUGAGACGCACUUGCUGAUAAGUAUCUUUUCCGGCGACAUUCUACUCUUGUUUAUUUCACAUUUUGAAUUGUACUUCAGACGAAGUGUUUCAUGAACAGUUUAAGAAACGGAAAGCAUAGGAAGCGUUGUAACUAUGUAAUUUUUCAAAAAAGAGAACCAUUCCUCCGAAUCCAAUUAAAACCAAAGACAUAAAUUAAUUUCUCUGUCAUUGCACUUGUCCUUUCUUAUGCAAACGAGUGCUUGCGUGUUUCGCCUAGAGGGAUGUGUAAACAUUACAAGAUUGAUGAAAUGCUCAA